AUGGUCACAAAGAUUGAGAUCGACCCUUCGACAGGGCAUUAUCCAUCCCCAUACAGCUUGUUUCCUCUCGGACCAGUACUCAAGGGUGGUCUUAUGGCGCCGGGUCUUCUCGGAUUACUCUCUGUUAUCACCACACUCGGUCUGCUGGCCUUCAUCGUGUAUCGAUUCUCAACAUGGCGGCGGUAUUACAGGACGUAUGUCGGAUACAAUCAAUAUGUCGUAUUGUGUAUGAAUCUGUUGAUCGCUGAUUUCAUACAAGCCGUAUCUUUUCUCUUCUCCUUCCACUGGAUCAGGAAGAAUGGCAUCUUUGCACCUUCUUCGGCUUGCUUUGCCCAAGGCUUCCUCCUCAACAUCGGCGACUUGACCUCUGGAUUCUUCGUCAUGGCUAUCGCCUUUCAUACUUUCUACACCGCGGUCAAGGGCCGUCGCAUCGGUCAUGUCCAAUUUAUCGUAUCUGUGGUCUCGGUCUGGACAUUCGCACUCAUACUCAGCAUCAUCGGCCCCAUCGAAUACAAAGACAAAUAUUUUGUGCGUGCUGGCGCUUGGUGCUGGGCUGGAGAGCAAUACCAAACCGAUCGUCUUGCACUGCACUAUCUCUGGAUUUUCAUCGUUCAGUUCGGCACAAUCAUCAUUUAUGUGUUUGUGCUGAUUCGACUGCGAGCAGCUGUGGCUGCUGUGGUUCCCUCCGUCAGAGUCCAGUCAAGCAGCUAUGCCAAAGUCGACCGCGCGGCAAAAUUGAUGGUGCUGUAUCCUUUGGCUUACAUUGUUCUUACACUCCCACUUUCUGCAGGCAGGAUGUGGAGUAUGGCACACCACGAAAAGAGUCUUCCGGAUGAGUACCAAUGCGUCGCUGGCGCUUUACUCGCUAGUUGCGGUUGGGUAGACGCUUUACUGUAUACACUCACACGCAAAGCCCUCAUCAACGGCGGCGACUCCAACCGCCGCACACGCUCCAACAACCCCGCAAAAUCCAGCAAAGAAGACGCAGCAUCAAGCAUGGACAUGCACGGCUCCAUCCUCCAAACGCGCACCAUCACCGUCAGUGCAGGACAAGUAUACGCCCUGGACACCAUCAUCGACGAAGACGAACACCCCCAACGAGGCCGCUCCCAAAACAAACACCAUAACUACAAAAAAAGCUUUGUGGACAGACAUGGCCAGCAUUCUCCUACAGGCAGUUUGGAUCCUAUCAUCACUGGCCAUCAUUUGGGUGUGGGGAGUGAUAAGGUGGGUUCAGAGGUGCAGGUUACGAGUCGUGCUGUUCAAGACGCUGAGAGUGAGGAU